AUGUUGGACAACAGGGUUCUUCUUCUCCUCCAGUUUGUUUAUGCCUUGGCAACAGCCUUCUUGACAGCGUAUCUUCUUUGUUUCUUCAACACCAACACCUGGAAUCUUUCAAAGUCAGUCAAAGCAGCUCUUCUGUUCUUAGCAGCGAUCUUCUUAGCCCAUGAGGUGGCAGCCCACUUGGCAUCGAUGUCGGCAGCAGCCCACUUCUUGGUCACGGUACCGGUUCUAGCGCCUCUUGGCAAGUUGGACAACACAAUAGGAGUCAAUACAGUCUUGGCCAAAGCGAUGGCUUGUCUUUGGACAUUUGGACCAUCAAUCAAAACUCUGCUUUGGUCGAUAAUCUCAACAAUGGUGGCCAAUUCUUUGGUGGCGUUGAUCAAGACAACACGUCCCACCUCAACGAAUCUCCAGUUAGCGGUCUUGACGGUAGAGUACGAAGACAUUAUCGAAUGUAGUUUUGGUUGGGUUUUGAAAAUUGACUGA